AUGGAUCAUUUCCGUUGGUGGCUGGAGAAAGUUCCAGAGAAUCUGAUUGAUGUGUCGUUAUCUCCAGUAAAUAUUGAUCCUCAUUCAUUCAUUUUAUCUCCGGAAAUUCUCAGCUUGCCACAGAAUUGGGCCAGUGGGAAAUCAGUUUUCGACUUCAAACAACUUCUUCUCUGGGGUUCUCAAGUGAGAGAUCAAUCAAUAAUAACUCGUGGAUUGGAAAUGAGGCCAUGGGAUGAUGAUUUCAGAAAAGAAGCACGUGGAUUCUGUGAUGAUUUCGAUCGUUGUUGUGGAAGUGGACUGUUAUUUCAAAUUUCGAGACAAAUCGAUCCAUUCGAAAGUCUCACUCUUUGUAUUUCCGAAGACUGUACUUCUAUAUAUGCAACUGGAAAAAGAAUUACUUGGGGUGGAAAAACUUAUACGAAUUACAGUAUUCCAUCGCUUUAA